ACAACUAAAACCUCGGCUGUGUUCGUGUAUGACAAAUUUGACAUCUCGUGUGCAUUAUCAAAAUCUGAGCACAUUGGAACAAAAUCUGAAGAACAUAAACAUUUAAAACUCCGCGGUUUUUCCCUUUAGCUCCACCCAUCUCGCUCCCACCAAUCAGGAGGUUAAAAGUAGGGCGACGCCAAGGAAAGUUGGGCUGUCAGGUCAAAAGAAGGACGUUUGCUUCUGUGAGUUUCCAGCUGCGUAGAACCGGCCUGCGGUCCGAUGUCGGCGUACAAAACUCCCGAUCAGGCCGCUGUAGUAAGUUUAUCACAGUGAAUGGGAGACCUGCACUGCCACUCUGCAACUGCCAGUCUCUGCUUUCUCUACCACAGCUCCAGCCUUUACAGGUGUUCUGAGAAGGUGUGAAGCAUGGACCUGUCCUCUGGUUACGAUGACCAGCCUGUGAUAGACACCCGAGCUGCCAGCGCGGCCAGACUGGCCGAUCAAGCUCACACUGACUUUGACCGUCACAAGAACGUCUACGUUGGUGUACAUGUUCCACUGAAGCACAGACACCAGAAGAAACGUAGCAGCAAAAAUGGCCACCAUCGGUCCGAGAAGAGAGACAGGAAGAACGAGAAGGACAACGUUCCUACACCUCCAGUUACCCCUCCCGGACAGCGUGUACAGUUCAUCCUGGGAGCAGACGAUGAGGCAGAGAAGAAGGAAGCUCCCACCAUCUUUACUGAGAUGGAGGAGCUGCACAUGGGAGAUGACAUGGAGAUGGAGUGGAAGGAAUGUGCCAGAUGGGUGAAGUUUGAGGAGGAUGUAGAGGAGGGAGGAGACAGAUGGAGCAAGCCCCACGUGGCGACCCUGUCUCUCCACAGUCUGUUUGAACUAAGAAGCUGCAUCCUGACAGGCACCGUGCUUCUGGACAUGGAUGCCAACCACCUCACAGACAUCGCUAAUCUAGUUCUGGACAACAUGGUGCAUAAGGGCCAGCUACAGGAAGUAGACCGAGAGAAGGUUCUCAACGCUCUGCUGAGUCGGCAUCACCACCAGACGCGGCGCAGCAAGGCCGCCAUGUUCCCCAUGGCUCCCUCCCUCGCUUCGCUCAGACGGAACUUCUCCAACCCCAACAAGCUCAGCGAACAGGGGUCGGAAAAACUCCACACCUCUCAUUCUGCUCACCACCUUACUCCGUGUCCUCCGUCUCCUCUCCUUAUGGGAGAAUCUCCGGGUGGCAAUUCUUUCCCGCGGAUUGCCUCCAGUGCGUCCAUGCGUUACGAGAACUCUUUCAGCACGACGCCUGAGGAACCUGGUGGCACAUCCACGCCUCCCAGGAUCAACAGCACUGCCAGCUUUGCAAAGGAUCACCUACACGUACCCCGAAGGGGCUCAUUAAUGCCCGGUUUUGGUGAACGCAGGGGAUCGGUGCCGAGUAAACACUUCAUGAGAAAGAUCCCCGAAGGCUCGGAGGCGUCGAACGUUCUGGUGGGAGAGGUGGACUUCCUGAAGCACCCGAUCAUCGCCUUCGUGCGGCUUUCCCACGGGCUGCUGCUUGGUGACCUGACGGAGGUCCCCAUCCCCACACGCUUCCUGUUCUUCAUGCUGGGGCCGCAGGGCAACCAGAAACAGUACCACGAAGUCGGGAGAGCCAUCGCAACGCUCAUGUCGGAUGAGGUGUUCCACAAUGUUGCAUACAAGGCCAAGAACCGACAAGACUUGCUGGCUGGCAUUGAUGAAUUUCUAGACCAGGUAACAGUGCUACCACCAGGGGAGUGGGAUCCUAACAUCCGGAUCGAGCCCCCGUCCAACAUUCCAUCCCAGGAGGGGAGAAAGUACGCUGGUGGCCAGGACAAUGGGGACGGGGACAAGGAGGAGGAGUAUGAUAGUAAAGAGGAACUCAAGAGAACUGGAAGAUUCUUUGGAGGUCUUAUCGAUGAUGUCAAGAGAAAAGCUCCCCACUACCUGAGCGACUUCAAGGAUGGCCUGAAUCUGCAGUGCCUGUCCUCCGUCCUCUUCUUGUACUUCGCCUGUAUCACUCCUGUCAUCACGUUUGGGGGGCUCCUGGGAGACGCAACAGACAACUACCAGGCUGCACUAGAAAACAUCUUCUCAGCAGCCAUCUGUGGCACCACAUAUCACCUUCUGGCUGGGCAGCCCCUCACCAUCAUCGGGUCCACAGGACCCAUCCUAGUCUACGAGACACUCAUGUACAACUUCUGCAAGGGCAAUGGUUUAGAGUACCUGCCGUUCAGAGUUUGGGUUGGGUUGUGGACGUCGUUCAUCCUCCUUGUCAUGGUUGCUACGGACGCCAGCGCACUGGUCAAGUACUUCACCAGAUUUGUGGAGGAGAGUUUUGCUGCUCUGAUCGCCUUAAUCUUCAUUGUAGAAGCAUUCAAGAAGCUCUACCACAUCACAGACCACUACAUGGUGAAAAAAUGGUGGCUGGAGUCUAGCUGCAUCUGUGUACCUCCAAUAGAGAAGAACCUGACAACACCAACGUCAAUAAUGGACAUCUUUUUGAAUGACACAAAUAUGACGUUCCCCACGCCAGCUUCUAUGCCUCUUGGCUACAGCCUGGCCACGAGUUCUCCCUUGAAUGUAACAGACACUACUCCAUUUAACGAUUACGAGGUCUUCCCGACGAGCGAAUCGGAUGGCAUCCCCUGGGCAAACCUGAGCCAACAUGACUGCUUGAUUGUCCACCAUGGCCGCUGGGUGGGAGAGAACUGUGACUAUGCACCUGACGUGUUCCUCAUGUCUGUUCUGCUGAUGUUCGGCACCUUCUUCCUGGCCUCCAUCCUCAAGUCCAUGAAGACGGAAAGAUUCUUCCCAACAAUGGUUCGUGGGGUGAUCUGUGACUUCGCAGUCUUCAUCUCAGUUCUGGUGUUUGUUGGAGUCGAUGCAGUGUUUGGAGUCGACACUCCAAAGCUGCUGGUACCAAUAGAGUUUAAGUUCUGGGACCGCCUGCUGCUGGUCCUGAUGCCACCCAAACACCAGCCUGACUACGUCUACCUGCGCCACGUCCCCCUGAAGAGAGUCCACCUCUUCACCUUCAUCCAGCUCAUGUGUCUGGUCAUCCUGUGGGUCAUCAAGUCCACCGACGCUUCGCUCGUCUUUCCCAUCAUGGUGUUGGCCCUGGUGUUUGUGAGGAAGCUGAUGGACUACCUCUUCAUCCAGGAUGAUCUGGAAUAUCUGGAUGACAAGAUGCCUGAAAUCAUCAAGAGAAAGAAGGCCGACAAAGAAAUGGUGGAAGAAGAGUACAGAGAAAGGUCCAGAACUCUGGAGGGAGCAGACUUCCUGGAGGUUGUGGACCAAACCAAGGACGAGAUCGGGGGGAACAUCACCAUCCCCGUGGAGGCCAUCCAGUACAACCCCAAGAGCAAGACUCUGAACAUAUCAGAAGAGGUCGCCAAGACUGCCAUCUGGAAAACACUCGCCGGAGACACUUCUCAGAAAAGGAAAAAAUCCCGUCGUUCGAAGAAGUCUCGCCCUGACGACUUGACCCUCAAGGAUGGACCCAACAACGUGCCGGACAGGAAGUCAGCCACCAAGAACGGCGAGUUGUCGCCCUUGAUCGAAGAGGCAGGUGGCAUCGUCAUAAACAUCCCGCCUCCGUGGCAGGACAACGAUUGCAAGAAGCGAUCGAAAGACGUGGAGGAGGGAAAGUCUCCACUGAUCAAAGUGCAAGCCCCCUCCCCCGCGGACAGUCCUGAUCUAGAGACAACCGUGUAGCAAGAAGUGUCAGCAACAACUACAUGUACUAUGCUACCUUCUGAAGACCUUUGACGGACUCAGAAGUCACCUUUAGUAACUGUAAUUAACGGCUUUCUAUGCUAGCUACCACUGAAAUGUGCCAACUCUGUCUGCUGUACCUGUAGGGUUUGUUGAUAGUGCUUCUCCUAUGUGUACUGUAUGCGGAAUUAGUUUAAGUAGGUAUAGAGUGUGUUUGUAACAUGUUGGAAAGUUUCCUGUUUUAGUCUGUUUGAAAUCAUUGGGCACCACAACAUUUUCACUCCCAAUGAGAUGAAGAUAAAUCUUCAUAGUCUCAAAGCUGCCCUUUUGUUGAAAAAUUAAAUUUUGGUUUUAUCAAAUCGAUUUUAUUUUUUUCUGCAGCACUUAAGGUUAGGGACAAUAAAAGCAUCUUUUUUUGACAGUCCAACAAAAUCUAGGACUAAAUUCAUGCUCUCUAUGCUCUGCAAAAGGUUGCUAAGCAAUGGCUUGUACAGAUUUGAGCAAUCAAGAAAUAUCCACUUGAAAACUACAGAUGCAAGGGAACUUACUACAAUUAGACUAAAGCAGAAGAAUAUCAACAAAGAGAUUUUAGGUUCUCUAUUUUUAGAAAAAGAAUAACCUUAGGAAGUUAGCAAGGAUCAAAUAUCAUCACCUUUACCUUGAAGGUACCUUGUAUAAAAUCAUAUUUUCUGUCAAUCUACAUUAGAUUGUUGUACAUGUAUAUGGAACAGGGAGGAUUUCUGAUUUGUAAUUUUUCAACUCAUGACAGGCGGUGAUGCCACUGGAAAGAUAGGAAAGUUGAAGAUUACAUCUCUUUUUUGUUUGCCCUUUAGUUCAGUAUGUAAACUCUUGAAAAGAUAAACAUAAUUCUUAUCCUGCCCUCUGCGCUCUUUACAUAUCAUAUUUGACGAAUGUAAUUCUUAAAAGUAUAACAAUGGGUUUUCACAUUGAAUGAAUGGUGCUAAUCUGCUUAAAUCUGGCUAGAUUAUGGAAAGAUGAAGCUUUUUCUAUAAUUCUUCUUAAAAGGGAAGCAAGACAUCGGAAAAAUUGUGAAUAUUUCUGCUUGCAAGUUGCCUGCUAACUCAUUCCCGAAGAAAAGUUGAACGGCUUUCAAAAACUUUUUGUUUUAUGUAACGUUAUGGAUUUGUGGCACUGACAUGAAAUCUUUUCUCCAAAAUUUUGACACACUUUCUAAUAAAACUAUUAGGUACUUCAUUAAGUAAUAUAGUUACUUUAGUAAUAUUCAUUGUAUUCAAGUGAGUCUAACUUCCUACUUCUUUAACCUUCUAUCAGCUAAGAACGUGUCGACUCAGUAUAUUGACAAAGAUGCAACAUGAGUCGGCAUGAAAAGGGUUAAUGUCAGGCUAUGGCAAUGUUUGUCACUUGCUUGGCUUUUAACAAUUUAGGUUUCAAUCGAUGGACUUGAGUAAAUAUGUAAGUAAUUGUACACAGAUUGAUCAUGAACUUGCACAGCUGUUUGUUGUGAACUUGUUUAGUAUGUAAUGCUGCUGCUAAAUCUGUAGAUGUAUAUAUUAUCAAGAGCAAUCUCGAGUAUUGUAAACUAAGUAUAUCAAAACUGUCAAUAUGAGUAUACACCACUCGGAGAUAUGUGUUGAGCGGGUAAUCAGCAUGCUUUUCUGUCGUAUUUGGUCAAAGUGUUCAAUGUACACACAAAUAAAGUGUUCAUAAUAUAUUGUAAUGUCAUCGACCAAUCCACACGAUACCUCGCACAUUUCGUAAUCAAAUCGCUGUUGCAAGUAGAAUUGGGUAUGUUUCUAUUUAAUAAGAGAAAUUAUUGUAAAUUUUGUUGCUGUUGAAAGAUUUCUUGUGUUGUCUGGGGAGUGGUGGGAUGAAGACUGAUAAAUGCUUGAGCAGCAGCAGGCUAUUUUUAGUGUUAUAAGUCCUGCAUAAAGAGAUUUAAAAUCAAACUUUUUCACAUUCUUGAUUCGUCACUUUGCGUAUGUGUUUUAGUGGACUUUUAUGGUCAUUCUUGAUCAUGACAUUUCUCAACUCAAAUAGACAGAUUCUAUUUUAGUAACCCUCUGAUUUUCAGUUGAGCAAAGCACCAUGUUUCCAAAAUAGCUGUCAUGUCACACAAUAUUAUCAACAACCUUUGAUAUAGGUUACAACUUGAAAAUAGUUAAUGACAUCUUUUUAACAACAUUACCGUCAAAAUCAUGCUUACAUAUAGUUUUUUAGGAAGUGCCUUUAGUACAAGAUAGAAAUGGCUGAUAGGGACAGGUCUGUACAGUAGAUAGCAAUAAAGCUUUAUUUCUUUAAUGGCGUAGCUUACGACAAAACAGAUUAUAUUUUUCCCAUUUCCUCUUCCAAAUUUUAAAAGACAAAGGUAUAGCUUCCAGUAUAUGCUGCAGUGGUAUAUGGAGACGUACUAUUGGCACAAUUUGAAGUGAUUGCAAACAGUACUAACAAGGUUUCAAGUAGAAACAACAUGACAAUGUGAAAUGAUAUGACUGACUCCAGUGUUUGAUGCCCUCCUCUAUCAGAAAUAAACUGUGGCAUGAUUUUUAGGAUUUCAAUGUGGCCACUUGUUAAUUGUAAGUGAUGAUUAUUGGGUGUGUACCAAUCAUGUAUUGUAGAACUCUUCAAUGGUAUGUUGUCAAGGACCCUCAGAACCAAUAAACAUGUCAAAAUACUUCA